UCCUGCCCAAUUUUCUUUUGUCUUUCUCACUUUAUACAAACAAAGAUUAUACAAUUGAUUCUUUUGAUAUGUAUACCGAAACAAAUUGCUUCUUUUAUAUAUAUGUAUAGCGAAAUAGGUUAUGAAGCGCAAUUAUACAAACUAUAGUUAUAACAUAUGAAUAUAAUUUUUGUGUUUGUUAUAUAUGAAAGUUGCUUAUAUUUUUAUCAUCAACAAGCCCACUUAAAAGAAAAACUAAAAAGCCCAGCUUACUAAGCCCAUUAUCGACGGCUAACCAAUAAAGCCCAUAGGCCACAGUUUGGAUAUCUCCAACAUGUUUAACCACUGAUAGCCUGCCGGUUUGUUGCCUCCGUAGCUUCUACACACUCACUUUUACUCUAACUUUCUACCAAUAAGCUUAAGGCCAUCAGCUAUUUUCCUUCGUUAAUGGCCGAAGUAGACAACUCAAAAUCUCCAUCUUUAUCUGAGCAAUAUUUGCUGAAAGAGAAAGAAGAGAAAUCCACCACAGUGGCUAAUCCAGUGGAAGAAACUGAGGUUAAGGCCUCUUCAACUGCUCCAUCUGAGGAAGAUACUCCAAAAACUGAGGAAACCCCAGUAGUUGAGAGUAGUGAAGCUGUGCCUGCCACAUCUGAAGAAAGCAGUGGAGCCUCUGACUCAACGACACCGGAAAUUAAUGAAGCUUCUCCUCCUGUAGAGGCUGAGAGUGAAAAUCGUGAUGAGACCCCUGAGAUUAAGCUUGAGACUGCGCCUGCUGACUUCCGCUUCCCUACUACAAAUCAGACAAGGCACUGCUUCACUAGAUAUGUUGAAUACCACCGAUGCAUAGCUGCAAAGGGUGAAGGUGCUCCUGAAUGUGACAAGUUCGCCAAGUAUUAUCGAUCCCUCUGCCCUGGUGAAUGGCUUCUUUUGGUCUUUCCUUUUGACGAUAACAUGCUUUGCCUUAGUCGUGGCUGCAGAUUGAUAGAUGGAACGAGCAGAGGGAGAAUGGCACCUUUCCAGGACCACUGUAAACUGCAUAUUUUGGUUCCAACUCUAAUGCAUCUGAACUCUCAAAUGAAAAGGGAGUUCUAUGUGAACAAAUUGUGAUCAAUAAAGUUUUACGUUUCUGAUGGAAUUAGUGUAACCUGAUAAUGAGUUAAUUGUUUAGAGUCCUUUCUUGUGAUUAAACUUAGAAUAUAAAUUUCUUUACUAAA